AUGUCGUUCCACCUCACGCAGAUGAUGUCCGGUCACGGGUGCUUCAACCGUUUCCUCUUGGGGAUCAACCGCGCACCAUCAGCUGGGUGUUCACACUGCGGUCCACCGGACGGCUACGGGGAGGAAGUCGACGACGCCCAUCACACCCUUGCUCGCUGCGAAGUGUUCAGGGAAGAACGUGAGCACCUCGUCGGCGUGAUCGGACCAUUUGACCCAGGGGGACUGGUGCCAAAAAUGUUGGAGAGUUCCGCUAACUGGGAGGCCGUGGCGCAGUUCGUAAGGGCAGUGAUAUCGAAGAAGGAGGAGACCGAGCGUGGAUAG